CCUCUGGCGAAGGAGUAGGGCAGUAGAAGCAAGCAUCCUGGAGGAAGAAGAGGCUGGGCACCUCCUUCUCCAGGAGUUCGGUGGAUUCAGUUCUCAGGAAGGCUCCGGUUCAGAGGCGCUCUCGGCUCCUGCCACGGCUUCCAAACUGCUCCGCUUCCUUCUGCAGCAGAAAAGGACUUUCAGAUGUUGUAGCGGCGGCGGCGGCGGCGGCGGCGACUCAGGACAGCGCCCCCUCCCCCUAACGGCCGCCUCUCCCUCUCCCCCCGGCGCCCCCGCUCCCCCACCUCUGGGAAGGCUCUGGGGGUGUGGCCAGGGGCCGGUAUAAAGUCCGGGGGAGCCGGUCCCAAGCAGCCGCUCAGACCCCUGCCCCCCCUGCCCCACCGCCCGCUGCCUGGGCCCGGCCGAGGAUGCGGCGCAGCGCAUCGGCGGCCAGGCUCGCUCCCCUCCGGUCCGCUUGCUAACUUCCCUGGCUCCGUCCCUGUCCGCCCGCGGGGCCGCCCCGUCUCCCCGCGCCCUCCGGGUCGGGUCCUCCAGGCGCGCCAGGCGCUGUCUCCCUGGGUCCCUGCUGCCAGUCUGCGCGCGCGUUCUCAGCUCCCGCGCCCCGCGCCCGCGCCCCCGUCCUAGCUCGGUCAUGCUGCCCCUCUGCCUCGUGGCCGCGCUGCUGCUGGCCGCCGGGCCCUGGCCGAGCCUGGGCGACGAAGCCAUUCACUGCCCGCCCUGCUCCGAGGAGAAGCUGGCGCGCUGCCGCCCCCCCGUGGGCUGCGAGGAGCUGGUGCGGGAGCCUGGCUGCGGCUGUUGCGCCACUUGCGCCCUGGGCAAGGGGAUGCCCUGCGGGGUGUAUACCCCUCGCUGCGGCUCGGGCCUGCGCUGCUACCCGCCCCGGGGGGUGGAGAAGCCCCUGCACACGCUGAUGCACGGGCAGGGCGUGUGCAUGGAGCUGGCGGAGAUCGAGGCCAUCCAGGAAAGCCUGCAGCCCUCUGACAAGGAUGAGGGUGACCACCCCAACAACAGCUUCAGUCCCUGCAGCGCCCACGACCGCAGGUGCCUGCAGAAGCACUUCGCCAAAAUUCGAGACCGCAGCACCAGCGGGGGCAAGAUGAAGGUCAUCGGGGUGCCCCGGGAGGAAGCUCGGCCUGUGCCCCAGGGCUCCUGCCAGAGUGAGCUGCACCGGGCCCUGGAGCGGCUGGCCGCCUCACAGAGCCGCACCCACGAGGACCUCUACAUCAUCCCCAUUCCCAACUGCGAUCGCAAUGGCAACUUCCACCCGAAGCAGUGUCACCCGGCCUUAGAUGGGCAGCGCGGCAAGUGCUGGUGUGUGGACCGGAAGACGGGAGUGAAGCUUCCGGGGGGUCUGGAGCCAAAAGGGGAGCUGGACUGCCACCAGUUGGCUGACAGCUUUCGCGAGUGAGCCCUGCCAGGAGGCAGGGGGCUCAGUGCCCCCUGCGGCCCCCAGCCCCUAGAGGCUAUAGAGCUGACCUGGAGCCUGGGUCUGAGUCUUAGCUCUGUCUCUGGCCCAGAAGUUUCCCUUUCUCUGUGUGUGUAUGUGUGUGUGCAUGGGUGUGCCCUUGGGGUGAGCCAAAGCCUAGUGGUAUCUUUGGGCUUAGAUAGUCAGAGAGGUCUAAGAGUGGUAACGGGGAGCCCUGGUGUGUCUCCAAAUUGAUCCUGGAUUCAUUCAUUCAAUCAUUCAUUCAUUCAGCCAUCUAAAAACACUUAUUGACAACAUAUACAUGCCAGCUCUAGUUUUUUAGUCCUGGGGGCUCUUAUACUGACUUUGUUUGAUUUGGGCAUGUGAGGCCACUUCUUAUAAGCUGAGCACAAGCUUGUGGGGGAAGAGAAGUCCCAUUUCCAGAAUCAGAGAAGUAAAGUAGACAUGUACCUUAACUUUUGUACCUUGUACUAUUACUGUCCUUCCCCUCAAUUUAGUCAGAGGGUAGAGGCCGUAGGGAAAGUGUGGGGUGGCAGAUGAUUCGAUGGUCAGGAGUCCAGACCCACUUCGAAAGCUCAAACCUGCCAGGCUCCCCUUCUUCUCUUCCCCAGGCCCCUCCACGGGGAAGGACCUAUAAGACAAGCCCACCUUUGGGUCUGGUGUGUCACAUGGUUUGUUGCCUGGCUGCCCAGACCCUGCUGUGGGGGAGGGAGGAAGGUCAGAAGCAGUCAUGCGGGAUAGAGGGCUGGGGAGGUGGGGCCCAUUUCUGAAUAUUCAGAGUGGGAGGAAAGGAUACGCAAUGGGACUGCAUGUGCCAGAUGGAACAGAGGACACACAUGCUGGGGGGUAAAGGACUUGUCUAGGGUCUUGCUUCCUCCCCUGUUUGUGGUCACAGUCACAAAGUCACCAGGAUGACUCCAUCCUUCCAGUGGCUCACUGCCUGUGGCUUUGCCUCCCUCCCUGUACCUCCCUAUCCUCCAGGCAUUUCUGACUUGACUGGAUGGAAGGAGACUUAGGGACCUACCAGUUGGCCAUGAUGUCUUGUCUUUUUUUUUUUUUUUUUUUUUUUUU